UUCUUUAUCAGAAUCCCCAAAAUAAGUAGGAAUGGGCAGCGUCUGUUCACAUUCAGUACACCUUUCCCAUUUGCUAAUACGCCUGGCCAGGCUGAGGAAUCCUUCCCUGCCUUACGCUGGAGAGUGAAGCCACUGAGACCAUCCGUGGGCACCAUGCGGCUGUUUCAAGCGACUGUUCUUUUCUUCCUUUUGUCCAACAGUCUCUGCCGCAGUGAGGACAGCAAAGAUGUUCAGAAUAACUCUACUCCAACACCGACAGAAACUUCCACAACAAAAGCUUCUGCCACAACAUUAGGCACCGUGUCAGUGACAAAUCCUAACAAACCAACAGAUGGAACACCUCCCGAAGGAACAACCAAAAGUGAAGUAUCCAAAACAUCUUUGGUGACAGCAAUUAAUUCACUGACAACAUCAAAACAUGAAGUGGGAACAACAACUGAAGGUCCCCUAAAGAAUGAGUGUUCCACUAUAAAAACAACAGUGCCAAAUACUCCAAUUUCAAAUGCUAACUCAACGCUACCAGGUCCCCAGAACAAGGCUGAGAAUCAGAGUUCAAUCAGAACAACGGAAAUAUCAGUUACUACUCAGCUACUGGAUCCCUUGCCGAAAAUCACUGCAACACCCUCUGCAUCUCUAACCACUGCACACACCAUGUCACCGCUUCAAGACACUGAGGAUAGGAAGACUACAACCACGCCAUCAACCACCCCCUCCUAUUCCAGUAUCAUUUUGCCUGUGGUUAUCGCGCUGGUUGUUAUAACACUCUUGGUAUUUACUCUGGUGGGUUUGUAUCGAAUAUGCUGGAAGAGAGACCCAGGCACUCCAGAAAACGGAAAUGAUCAGCCUCAGUCCGAUAAAGAGAGUGUAAAGCUGCUCACUGUCAAGACAAUCUCUCAUGAGUCUGGCGAACACUCUGCACAGGGGAAAACCAAGAACUGACAUCGUGAUGGAUCCUCCCUACACCUGGGCAAUAAAUAUGCUUCAGCUUCAGCUUCUAAACUCCAAGGGUGGAAAGAAGAAAAAGUCCUGAGGAACCAACACAAUUUCCAGUCUUCUUACCAGUCUAUACCAGUCACCUGUCCUAGCAAAGGAAUGCCAUAUCACCACCUGAUAGUAUCAUAAAGAGCUCUGGAUAUCUCCUGUGUGAGAUGUAGAAAAUCGAAAGACUCUAGUUUUCAGGGACUUUGCUAGGAGGAACUGUGAUCCCCCAGCCCAGGCAGGUGGGUUCCUGGAAAACAUGCCGUAGCUGAGUUUAGACUUUCCAGGUUUUCUUAGCCUCGAUCCGUGGAGAAACUUGCCUGUUUUCUUUGAGUUCUUGUGUUAGCCAGUGUCAGUAUUUAUUGUUUCCCACUGUGUUAACACAGGAAGAGUUUUGCAAGUGUGUUAAUUAAUGUUAAAUGAUAAGUAGAAAUGUUACCAUUAAUAAAGAAUGGCUGUACUCAGCAUGCUAAACAUUACAUCACGGCUGGUGUGGCACUGGCAUUGUAGCCCCAUAAUUGUGGCAAGCAUUGGGUUGGAAUAUGAGGACUCAUCAGAAUAUGCAAAGAACAUCUGUAAAAAGCACCAAAGGACCAAAGGAUUAAAGUAUAAGCCAGUAAUAAAGGGAAAGAAAUCACCACCAUGUCUUUGGUUUCUCUCACUUGUAAUUCACACCAUCUGACAAGAAUGCCUGGGCACUUGUGGUAUCAUGGUUAAAUUCCUUUGAUUGAUCCAUUUCACUGAUACCAUCUCUGUGGUUAGUUUUAUUUACUUAUUUUUAGAAAUAUCAGACGUGGGACAAGCAAUCAUUAUUACUAAAAUUUCAGUCUCUAGAAAAUCAACCUCUUAUCAAUGCUUAAUUGAAAUAUUAUUUUCCAAUGAGUCACCUUCCUAAAAAUUCCAUAAAAAUAUACCAAGGCCCCUGUCAAGAACAGAUUCCACUCUUGAAACCUUGAUCAACCUUGACCAUGUUCGUGGCAUGUGAGAUCAAAAUGUUAAGAUGGCUAGAGCUCUGGGGAAAUCUCUGGAAUUAACAAGCUUUGCAUGGUAGCUCUGUAAAACAUCUAUGAUUUCUUCAGCUGAACUCAAUGAAAGCUUAUUUUACUGAUCUGAGGGAAGGUGAAGGCAUGAGCUACAGAGUCAUGCUGAUUUUCUUUUACUGCGAUAUGGUAAAACCUUUCAGCUGUAGGGUCAUGUGAUCACUUUGACUUUACCUUUCUAAUAUUUGAGCUGCAUCUUAUCCAAGGUAUCAAGCAAGCACAUAUACAGCUCCCAUGGAUUUCUCCCUAUUGUUCUGUGAGAAGGAUAGCAAAAUAGGGGGAAAAAAAGAGGAAUCAACAGCACAUGCGCCUUGGGACUAUUUCUCAUUAAAAGGCUUUAAAAGUG